AAUCAAACCUUAUUUAUAAAGCUCUUUGCAACAACAAUAACUCCAAAGGCUUUCAGGGAAAUAAAAUAACUACAUUUUAAACUAAAAUGAAAUAAUAGUACAUUUUACAUGGCUUCUAUGUUCUGAAAAGAAUAUAAUUUUAAUGUUUUUUUUAUGUUUUUCCAACAUCAGGGAACUAAUCUAACAUUUGAAAAACCUGCUAGCUUGCUAGCUAGCUAUCUUUAAUGUUGGCUUCAUUUUUACUCUCUUAUCUUUGACAUGUAGCCACCUUGUGUUCAGACUGAUAAACUCGAUCAAUAUUUUUCUCUGACACUGUCACCAGUUAAACUUUAUUCUUCUAGGUUCUUCCUAAGUCACCAUUAUUUGCCCUCCUUUCAAACUUCUGCACCAGCUUUCUCCAUACUCAAACACGUUCAUAGAUCUCCUCUUUGCUCGAACCUUCUCCCUUGCAACUCCUCCUCACACUGUUUACAUUUGUUUUCCUGUCUGAAUCCACUAGAACUCAGUAAGGCGAAACCAAAAGUAAAAUCCUCAGGGAUAUAAAAAGUUCUGUAUCUCAGAGCAGCACGCCAAACAGCUUCAGGGAACUCUGCGUUUAAGAGAAAACUACUUUAUUAGAGCUUUAAUUCAGAAUGGCUGACAGAGAAAUUGCAUUGGAGGGUUUGAGUACACUUUGCAAUUCUGGUGUGACUUUUUUCCAACAGGGAGAGUCUGCUUCCCGAAGAUCAAUUGGGACGCAGCUGUUUCUCAGGGAUUUGUAUGAUGCAGUCUUGGAUGCCGAGGACAAUAGCCCAUGGUCCGAGUUUGUCUUUCAAAACUUGAGAAAUGUCCUCCUUGGAUUGGACGGAGCACCCAAGCUAGGCACUCGACGACUUCGGGGUGGCUAUUCAGAUAAGCUAACAGGAAAGAACUACAUAAUCAAAGAAGAGGAGUUCUUUGACAGCCAGUUUGACUACGACUUCACCACAGUCACAGACUCAAAGACCUUCUGGAGAGGUGGAGAGGAGUACGAACGCCCAUGUGGCUGGCAGCGCUUUGCCCUCAAGGUCUUGGAUAAGUACGGGGAAAAUAAGUGGCUGGGAAACCAGAAACGUGAGACCCGCUCAGUGCCAGGGGAGUGGCCUGUGUCGUAUCACGGGACGUCCAAAAGAGGAGCCAAAGGCAUCAUCAAAGAAGGCUAUGAGCCAGGUCCUCGUGAGAAGUAUGGUAGGGGGAUUUAUUCCACUCCAUACAUUGCUGAGGCUGAGCAAUAUGCAAAAACCUUCACUUCGAAGAAGAAUGGGAAGCAGUACAAAGUGAUUCUACAGAAUCGGAUCAACCCCAAGUACAGGCUCAAGUACAACAAGGAGAAAUACUGGCUCAUUCCCAUCGAAGAUGGAUCAUCGUCAGACGAUGAGAAGGAGAUUGUGGAAAAGGCUAUUCGUCCCUACGGCCUCCUGCUGAAAGAGGUCUGAGGUUUACGCC